CCGGAGAUGGGAGCUACGUUGCGGUUUCAGGUGGAGGGAUCCAUGGAUGUGAUGAUUGCCCGGGCCACAACGAUCAUUGGCUCAGCUGAUUCCCCGCCAAGCAGCAUCGACGGCAUCCUGAACAUCAUGCGUGGCUUGGCGCCAAAGGACGGCGAAGUGCCCUUCGUGAAGAACAUGUGGCGCGGCACCCUGCACCCUGGUCACGUGCUGUUCACGCCGGCUG